UGUGCGUGGGCUUCAGAGCUCAGUGACACGGCUCUGCACAGCUGGGCGCAGGCAGGCUCCGUGGACGGGCGUGCGGAGGGCUGCCAUCUCCAGGCUCUGAGCAGCGCUGGCAGGAGCAGGUGGGCUUCUCCAGCAUCCAGGCUGUCUCCGAAGGUGUCUCUGCUCUGCCAGGGGUGGAUGCUGGUUCGGGAUCAGCGGGGAACAGGCCACCUGACACCUCCCAGGGCUUGAGGCAGAAGGAAGGGGCCAGGCGGGCCAAUGGCUGAUGGGAGCGUGCCCAUCGGCACCCUGGGAGAAGGUGCCUUGGCCAGGCUCUGUGAGCUCCUGGACAACUGCAGCCGGGGCUGGAGGAAACUGGCUGAAAUUGCCGGUGCCGAGAAACGCUUCAAAUGCAGCGAGGAGGAGCUGGAGAUGUGUUCCCUGAAGGUCCUGGAGCCCUGCGGGAGCCCCAGCCAGUGCCUCCUGCAGCUGCUGUCAGAGCGGGACUGCACCCUAAAGUACCUGCUCUGCUGCCUGGAUAAGAUGGGACACACCGAGGCCUUCCAGUUUCUCUCCAGUGUCGUCCAAGAGUCCAUCAGGAUCGUGGUGCAGCCCGAAUCUCAGGUGGUUACAGAAGGGACCACAGCGUCUUUCACUUGCUGGGCGACGGGGCCCCCGGGACUCAAUUACCAGUGGUUCUGUGGGAAGCAGGAGGUGCCCGGUGCCACCUCCCCUGAGCUGGUGAUUGACCCAGCUACUCUGCAGACCCCGGACUGGUACAUCUGCCGCGUUAACCACAGGGCCAGCUUCACGUUCUCCAGGUGGGCCCGGCUCCAGGUCAAGCGAAGCAGCAGCCCUGCCUCAGCGAGUGGCUAUUGUUCGACAAUGGUGGGACUGCAGAUCCUCUGUCAGCCCCAGCCCUGCACCUUGGACGAAGGGGACUCCCUCCAGCUGCGGUGCGUGGCCAUCGGGAACCCACCACCCCAGUACCAGUGGUUCCGAAACGGGAGUCCGAUUGAGGGGGCGCGGAACUCCCACCUCCAGGUGAAGCUGGUGACAACCGCAGAGAGAGGCCGCUAUGCCUGCAAGGUAUUUAACCUCUUCCAGGAGCUGUGGAGCCAGGACACAGAGGUGGAGAUUGGCCCACAGCUGUUUGCCUCCGGAGGCUCCUGGCGGGAGGAGGACACAGGGAGUGCUCCAGAGCACAGCGGCCCCAGCCAGCUGUACGCCACAGACAAAGUGGCCCUCCUGAUGGGCAACAUGAACUACCUGCACCACAAGCACCUGAAGGCACCCAUGGUGGACGUACAUGAACUGACCAACCUGCUGCGCCAGCUGGAUUUCAAGGUGGUCUCCCUGCUGGACCUGAGCAAGGACGAGAUGCAGAUGGCCGUCAACGAGUUCCUUCUCCUCUUGGACAAAGGAGUGUACGGUUUGCUCUACUACGCUGGCCACGGCUACGAGAACUUUGGAAACAGCUUUAUGGUUCCUAUUGAUGCACCAAGAUCCUACACUUCGGAGCACUGCCUGUGCGUGCAGAGUGUGCUGCAAAGCAUGCAGCAGCGGCAAACCGGCCUCAACAUCUUCCUGCUGGACAUGUGCCGCAAGAGGAACCUGAACGACGACAUCAUCCCGCAGGUGGGGGCGCUGCAGGUCACGGCCAACAUCGUCUUCGGCUACGCCACAUGUGUGGACGCAGAGGCCUACGAGCUGAGCCAAGGGGAGCUGUUCAACGGCAUCUUCGUCAGCUUCCUGAAGCGAUGGCUGCUGGAGGAGGAGAAGAUCACGGUGCUGCUGGACAAGGUGGCGGAAGACAUGGGAACCCUGGAGAUCACCAAGGGCAGGCAGGCGCUGGAGCUGCGGAGUAACCUGUCCGAGCGACGAGCCCUCACCGAUCCAAUUAAACCAUCUGAGGGCCCAGAGGAGUUCUCUGUCAGGAACCUGCAAUGGGCCAAGGCCCAUGUGCUUCCCGAAAGCCGAUACCUCCAGUUCGACUGCGGGGCUCGGGUACAGCUGGGUUUCGCAGCUGAGUUCUCCAACAUCUUGAUCAUUUACACCCGCAUCGUCGAGAUGCCACAGGAGAUCACACGAUGUGAAGCAAAACUCACAGAUGUCCCGGAGGAGCUGGACGUGGAUUUGAAAUUCACCAACAAGGAGAGCCCAGAGGAAAUGGGGAGCAGCCUCGCCCUGGCCUGGAGCCUCAGUUUCCCCGAUUGCUGCCUCUACAGCCGCCUCUGCAGCCUGCAGAAACUGAGGAAGGAACUGGUCUUCACCAUCUGCUUGCAGUACCAAUACCAAGGACUCGAUGACUUUAUUGAGGAGAACCAGUCAGUAAAUAUCGGGAAGCCACUGAUUGCAAAGCUCAAUCUGUGUGUCAGCGACGGGCCAGGGACAAACACCCCACUGGCCCAUGCAGACUUGUGUGCAGAUGCCUUGACCGGCUCAUUCCAAAGCAUCAGGAGCAUGGAGACCCCCGAGUCACCAGCUGCGUCAGAGGCCUACCAGAGUCUGCCUUGUGACUCGCACCUUGGCAACUGGUGUUCUGAGGAUGGCCAGUGGGUAAACACCCCAGAGGAGAACCUGAGCCCUGAGUUCCCAGGCUCUCACUCCAUGUAGCGUUCGGGGUCUGGCAUAAACGUCACCGUCCACUUCUUUUCCCAGUGUGGACCGAGGGAAACUGCUAGGGUCAGCUUCUGCCUUGGCCUCCACCCCACGCACAGUUGGGGGGGAGGGAUAGCUCAGUGGUUUGAGCAUUAGCCUGCUAAACGCAGGGUUAUGAGUUCAAUCCUUGAGGGGGCCAUUUAGGGAUCUGGGGUAAAAAUUUGGAAUUGAUCCUGCUUUGAGCAGGAGAUUGGACUAAAUGACCUCCUGAGGUCCCUUCCAACCCUGAUAUUCUAUGAUUCUCUGAUCUGGGCCUGAAGACCUUUGGUGGGACCCCAAUGCAAAGAACUGUAAUCUGUGGGGGUUCUUGGGGCAGUUGGCCUUUACAUGCCUCAGCUCAUUACAUGUAAAACAUCACCCAGCUGACUAGUCACUGGGGUGAGGUGGGUUGCUGGAGGACAGUGUGGUGGGACGAUAAGGUGUCUGGAGCGUUCCUUGGGGUGUAGUUGAGGCCUUGGGCUGCCCCCAGUAGUAGGGUGUGAUCUGAAGGUGUCCCUUCUGGUAUCCGCUCCAACUGCGACCAGGGUUGUUCCUCUCUCCUCCCUCCACCUGUUUUGUUCCGGUUUGCCCUGCCUAUCUGGCAGUCUGGGACUGUUCGUAUUGAUCAGCAUAAGAAGCAAGACUUCCUGCUGAGUCCAUUUUCUUACCCCAUAAACACUGUUUUAUUUCCUCCUUGGACAUAUUCAGGAAUUGCUCCUGUAUCAUCAAAUCCUGCAUUCCUCCAAAGCUAGUUACAUCCCGUCCUUUGAGCCAUUUAUCAAACAGAUCUGUCAUCUAGUUUACAUAAGCCACAUUACUUAGUCCAGGUCCUCUCUUAAGGGCUAUAAAUUUUACUCUGAAAGUUUCAGGUGUAACUUGAAAUUGUUUUAAAACCAAAUCCUUGAAAUUAUUAUAGUCAGAAACCUCCUCAAUAGGCAUCUUAUUGGAUAUGUCCAGAGCUCUUCCAGUCAAUUUUGCGACCAAUGUGGUCACCUUGUGAGCUUCAGGAAUUUGAUGGAGAGUGCACAGUCUCUCAAAGGUGAAAAAAUAUUCAGCAAUAUCACUGGAUUCAUCAUACUGUGGACAUAGUCAUUCCCAUUUGUGGAUUGUUGGGGAAGGAUUGUUAGGGUUAUUUGGUAUAUUCUGCUGAGCCUUUGCCUUCUCUAUCUCCAGUGCAUGCUUCCUCUCUUUUUCCCUUGCCUCCAUUUCUUUUUCUUUUGCCUUCAUAGCUCUCUUGUGGGCAGCUUCUUCUGCCUCCACCCUGACUUUUUCUUUGGCUGCUUGUGCAUCAAUCUCCAUCUGUCUGAGUUCUGCCCACCUUUCAUGUUCCUUCUGUCGUUCCUCAGCUUCCAAUCUGGCUAAUUCCAGUUUCUGUUGGACAUUUCAUUCUGUCAUCCUAAGCUCUCUGUAUUUAACCUAGCUAUACCCGAGAGUUAGAAAGAAAAAAAAAACUGGCUUGCAAAAUUUUGCUGUGCUGUAACCUGAUAGCUGUUCUCAGCCUACAGAAAAAUCCUUUUAUUAUGGAGCUGCUCUGUCUCCCAGGCAGAGACAGAAAAAACUCUAACUGCUUUCAGCUUAAAACCUGCUUCCAAGCAGCCCAAAGGGAAAAAAAGUGUCCUUUUAAAAUCCUACUGUGCUUCUGGUUCAAAAUGAACCCACCACUCUGCCACCAUGUCAAGGUUCCUUCCCCACUCUGAACUCUAGGGUACAGAUGUGGGGACCUGCAUGAAAGACCCCCUAAGCUUAUUUGUACCAGCUUAGGUUAAAAACUUUCCCAAGGUACAAACUUUGCCUUGUCCUUGAACAGUACGCUGCCACCACCAAGCGUUUUAAACAAAGAACAGGGAAAGAGACCACUUGGAGACGUCUUCCCCCAAAAUAUCCCCCCAAGCCCUAGACCCCUUUCCUGGGGAAGGCUUGAUAAUAAUAUCCUCACCAAUUGGUAACGGUGAACACAGACCCAAACCCUUGGAUCUUAAGAACAAUGAAAAAUCAAUCAGGUUCUUAAAAGAAGAAUUUUAUUUAAAGAAAAGGUAAAAGAAUCACCUCUGUAAAAUCAGGAUGGUAAAUACUUUACAGGGUAAUCAGAUUGAGAACAUAGAGAAUCCCGCUAGGCAAAAUCUUAAGUUACAAAAAGACACAAAAACAGGAAUACAUAUUCCCUCCAGCACAGCGAAUUUUACAAGCCCUUAAAUAAAAGAAAAUCUAACGCAUUUUCUAGCUAGAUUACUUACUAACUUUAGAGGUGUUGGAAGGCUGCAUUCCUGAUCUGUUCCUGGCAAAGCUAUCCCACAGACAGACAAAACCCUUUGUCCCCCCUCUCCAGAUUUGAAAGUAUCUUGUCUCCUCAUUGGUCAUUUUGGGUCAGGUGCCAGCGAGGUUACCUUAGCUUCUUAACGCUUUACAGGUGAAAGGAUUUUUCCUCUGGCCAGGAGGGAUUUUAUAGCACUGUAUACAGAAAGGUGGUUACCCUUCCCCUUAUAUUUAUGACAGGAGUGCAGCAACUACACCAAAGAACAAUGCAAAUCACCAUUUUUGCUCAUUGGUGCCAGGUGCUGUUCAUCAGCUCCUAACAGGCCUGACAAACUCACUAAACCUAGUGCACUGUUUUCAUGGCAUUUAUCCAAAACUGAUGUCAUGGGAGGUCUCUAAUGAAAGCUUAUGACAUACUGAGCCUCAUAAUCAGUGAGAUGUAUGUAUGGUUGAUAUUUAAGGAAUUGUGUAUAUGUAUUAAUUUUAAAGUCUGUGUCUAAGGCAGGGUUGACAAGCAGGUUUUUGCCAGCCAGAGGAUGUAUGGUCACCUGGCUGCCUCAGUUCACAUGUCAAUUAAGCAUUGUAGCCCAGCACAAUGGAAGCCGUGUUUGCAUAAGAAGUCAACAUGAGGAUGUGAAGUCAAAAUAAAAUCAGCACACCAGAGAAUAAACCCUGGGGCAGGGCAUCAUUCUGACUUUGGGGGCCAACAAUGAACUUGGGGGAUAGAAGGAGAAGUCAAAAGGACACCUCUUUUUUAUCCUGCGCCUGAGGAAGUAAUCAAGCAGCCCCGGUUGGAAUCGCUGCAAGCAGGCUUUGGGUGAAAAUGGACAGCUGACAGGUGGUUAGCCUGGUAAAGUUAAGUUUAGUCUCUAGAAGGUGACUAUUGAUGUUGUGUAUGUAACUUUUCUGUUUCCAUUAUCCUUAUUCACUAUCUCGCUAAUCUUUUAUAAUAGACUUAUGAUUGUUUUCACUAUUAA